UUAUUCAUUGUAUUUUCAAAGAAUCAAUGCGAGAAAGGAGUCUAAAAAAAUAAGCUUAGUAUAUGUAGUUUUUAAUUUUGUCGUUCUCCAUUCGUCACUUAUCAGUCCAUCGGGCCGGCUGGCGCAGAGGGCAGCAAGUCAAAGCGAGCAAAGCUCAAAGUCCUUUAGCGUUUUCGUAAUAAACUAUCAUUUUGAGGAUUAACCCUUCGAUUUAAAGGAAAUUUUAAACAUCAAGGGCUAUUUUUCAUGAUGCACAAAAAAUUAAGAAAGAAAAAUAAUUUUUGAGUUUUGUUUUCCCACGAAGAUAAACAUUUAUAUUAUUCGGUGGCCGUGGCAACUCGGAAGCGUAAGGUUGACAUGUGCGCUUGUCCGGCUAUUCAUCAAUGUUUACCUUACAACUGGCUUAUGACAGUGGUUGUAACUAAGGUUUGUUCUCAGUGAUCACGAUCUCGUAAGGUCAAUUAUAUGAACUGCGCACAAACCUUUUCUUAGUGUGGGGAAGCUUUCUAGACUGAUUACUAGAUGCCUGUUGAUAAAUCCGAAUUAGAUCGACUUUCAGUUGAAAAAGAUGUCAUUUGAUUUUUCACUAUCUUUUCAUUUCCAUUUGGACAACCGUAAUUAAAAGCACCCUGAAACCGAGGGAACAAAAUCGACAAAAACAGACCUGGAGGUGUGAAAGAUCAAACAGUCCGCACAGGGAACAUAUUCACUCGUUUUUGAACUCUUGUUGGUCACAGAAACGUGUUUCAGUUGGUUGACCGGUAUGAACGUGGAAAAGGUGUUUGUACCCUGAGUUGUACCCUCUUUAAACUUCUAAUAACUAAACUACUUUUUGCCAUGGCCAUGCUUAUUAAAUAAAAAACACAAUUUGAAAUAAUAUGUUUUGUCACUCUAUCAGCACUAGCUCAUGUAAAAGUCUGAUUUCAUCAUGUUCAUCACGUAAUUGUUAAUUCGUAUGCAACACACUUGUCUCGUCGAGCGUCUAAAUAAACAAAUAGCAAAUUUAAUGUUCUUGACCAGCUUUUCCGGUGAAGUUAUUAAAUUUUGAUAAGAUCCAAAGUAGCUUUCUUACGCCUAAGGUGCCAAAACGAAUUUCCCCUCGGAAACUUUCGACGGCUCGCAAGAGUAUUCAUUUAAAAGACGGCAAAUUAUAAAUUAGAGAAAGCAAUUUUCGUACAUACCGUACCCUUUUUCCUUAAUUGAUCGCCUUCGAUUAGGUGAAGGUAGCCAUUGAUUACACUCCAUUGGGUAUUGAAGUAAUUUAUCGAAAAUAACACUACUGCCUAAUGAUGCUAUUUUCAUUUACUUCGUUUCAGAGACUAAAUAAGUUAAAAGCCACAAGAGAGCUAAGGACUUGAAAGACAAUCAUGAACAACACUACAGCAGACGAAGGGUUUCUCUUCGACGAACAUGUUGCGGUUCGCAUUGUGCGGCUUGUCUUGUACCCUGUGACUUUUCUUAUCGGAGUCAUUGGCAAUUUAACAGUCUGUACAAUAAUCUUGGGUACAAAGAACAAAACAUUCCGUUCGGCCAAAGGAUAUUUCAUACUAAACCUCGCCUUGUCCGAUUUGAUGGUUCUUUUUCUAUUUCUUCCGUUCGACCUCGCGUACUUAGAGAAUCGCUCCAUAUGGCCCUUUGGGUUUGUUCCUUGUAAGCUUAUCAACGUUCUGAGUUCUCUUUCCGUGACAGUCUCAGGAUCGAUGUUGAUCUGCAUCGGCUACGAGCGGUACAAGGCGAUUGUGAACACGCUGACGAGCCGUUUGAGCAAACGAAAGGCUCUUGUGAUGGUCGUAUUUAGCUGGGUUUAUUCAUGUGUGUUGCAAGUACCAUUCGUGUUCGCUUUGACCGUGGAACCCAGUGGAAGGUGCUUGAUUGACAUAGCCUGGUGGCCCAACCAGCUCUCGUUCAAUCUGACCUACAUCAUGGCGCUGAUCGUCCCACAGUUCGUAAUCCCGGCGCUUUGUAUCAUUCUCUUUUACGUCGGAAUUGUCUCUCAUCUGCGAAAAGCUCACAAAUUGAACUCCAGGCGAGGGAUCUACACCAGCGUGGAUGUGGCCGAAAAACGCGAGAAGCAAAACCGAAAAACAACAAAGUUACUGACCGGCCUGGUUUUGGUAUACGCGAUUUGCAUCUUACCAGGAAAAGUGAUAAUUUUGAGUAUCAUGGUGAAACCAGCCUUGUUAUCAUCGCACUUCACUCGACAGUUGUACGAGUUUGCAAGACUUCUAACCACUGCAAACAGCUGCUUCAAUCCGAUUCUCUACACAACGUUAAGUCACAGUUUCAGGGAGGACUUAAGGAGGUUGUUUUCUAGGAACUCAGAUAAAAAUACGAACAAGUUUCUGCAGUCUUUGCGUGAAACACCUCAAAUGGUAAGAAGGAAGACUGUACGUGGGACAACAGUCCGGCUGGAAAGCGUUCACAGUGAACGAGAGGACGAAGUCUGACUUCGCAGUCAAGAUACAAAAAUCUCCACUGGUCUCCAUAUAUUUCUUAUAUUAAAGGUUGGGAGAAUUUUUGACUAUCAUGACAAUUUCCCAUCGGUGACCACCGACUAAAUUCUCAUUACAUGUGCUAUUGAUUUAAGUAUAGACUUCACAAGGAGAAAUUUGGUGUCGAUCAUGAUCACAGCUAAUUCUUUUAAGGCACGUUUCAUAUUUACUUCGAGCAGUUCGAGGCUAAGUGCACAGGAAGGAGGAUUUACAUAUUCUCUGUAAUUAAGGCUUACAUUUAUCGCACUUCAGUCGUGUCGAAGGUAAUUCAAGCCGCAGAAAUCUCACGGUUAUUAGUUGAUUCCACUAUGUUGCAAUAAACUAAUACACUAUCUGGGUAGUAAUCAGUACUUUUCUGUUUGUUUAGGCAUUUCCUAUUGGAUUAAUUUACUGCGAUUUCCGCGAGUUUUACGGGAAUGAAUUACAUUCGACACGAUUUAAUUCCGACGUGUAUAUUGUGCCUGAGUGGAUUAUAGUAUCUGUUAAAAAAACAAAACAAAAAAGGUAACUAACAAAUAAAUUUAAAAUUUUGCCAUUAUUUAAUUCACCUGAGUCAAGUUAGCGGCUAAUUGUCGAAGGAGUGGAUAUAACAAAACAAUAGAUAAAUACAGUCGCAUCUCUCCACAACGGCCACCUUAGGGACAGAGGAAAGUGGGCGUCGUAGAGAGGUGGCCGUUAUGGGGAGGUAGGAGUGUAACAUACCACAGGGUUCGUACACUUUCUUGUGGACAGAAUUAAAGACUUUUUCCAGACUUUUUCCAGACUUUUUCCAGACCACUUUUUUUAUUUUCCAGACUCAA